AUGGCUAAUUUGAUCGACGACUUUGCUGAUAAAAUUCAAGAUCAAGAUUUAGUAAUGUUUUAUUUUGCUGGUCAUGGUUUUCAAUAUAAAGAGCAAAAUUAUUUGUUACCAGUUGAUGCAGAUGAAAAAAUAAAGAGAGAAGCAGACAUUAAAUUUGAUUCAGUUAAUGCUCAAAAAACUUUAGAAAGUUUGUCAUCACAAACGUCAUAUGUCACUAUUUUUAUUUUGGACUGUUGCCGUGAAUAUCUGUUUGAUGAUACAAGUAAAUUUCGAGGUGCAAAAAGUAGUGGUUCGGGAUUGCACGCCAUGAUAGCACCAGGAGGCACUCUUCUUCAGUUUGCAUGUGCUCCUGGUAGCUUAGCAGCAGAUGGCGGUGGUCAAGAUAGGAAUGGAUUGUAUACAAAACAUUUAUUGAAACAGAUUGCCAUUCCAAAUAAGCAUAUAGAUUUGAUCUUUUCCUCUGUUGGUGCUGAGGUUUAUAAAGAAAGUAAUGGAAAACAAAUGCCGUAUCGUGUUAGUUCAAUUAUGAUAGAUGAUAAUAUUUAUUUGAAUCUUAUCGAUGCUGAUUCUAAACGGUCGUCUUCUCCACCUUCAAAGCGACCUCCAACUUCAGAAAUGCUACUCACAACAAAUGACAAGCAGAAUCCGCAACCGACCUUGCCGAAACCAUCAUAUUCAGUUAAUAUUCCUGCUAAUGCUAAAUGGGCACAGAAUGCAGUGACUAUUGCUGGAGGUAACGGGGAUGGGGAUGCCACUAAUCAACUCUACCACCCUCGUGGUCUUUUCGUUGAUGAUGAUCAAACAGUGGUUAUUGCUGACUGCUUUAAUCAUCGUAUCAUGCAAUGGAAGAACGGGGAUACAACGAAUGGACAAGUUAUUGCUGGUGGCAAUGGCUACGUAAAUAGAUUACAUCAAUUGAGUCAACCAACUGAUGUAUUAAUUGACAAAGAGACGGAUAGUCUCAUUAUUUGUGAUCGAGGGAAUCGACGGGUUGUACAAUGGUUUCGUCGUAGUGAUACAACACAAAGAGAAAUACUCAUCGAUAACAUCCAAUGUUAUGGAUUGGCUAUGGAUAAACAGAGAUAUCUCUACGUCUCUGACACCGAAAAACAUGAAGUAAGACGAUAUCGAUUGGGUGAGAAGAAUGGCACUCUCGUAGCUGGUGGUAAUGGUAAAGGUAAUGAUACCAAUCAACUCAACGAGCCGGGAUAUCUCUUUGUCGAUCGACAACAGACUGUCUACGUAUCAGACCGCAACAAUCAUCGUGUAAUGGAAUGGAAUAAAGGUGCAAAAGAAGGUAUUGUGGUUGCUGGAGGACAAGGCCCAGGGAAUGAUCUGACAAAAUUGUGUUCUCCUGAAGGAAUCUUCGUUGAUACGUUGGGUACACUCUAUGUAGCAGACUCGUAUAAUAGUCGUGUAAUGCGUUGGACUCAAGAAGCAAAACAAGGCACGGUACUUGUGCGUGGAAAUGGCAGAGGAACAGGAGCAAAUCAGUUCAACGACCCCGUUGGUUUGUCUUUCGAUCGGCACGGUAAUCUCUAUGUCGUCGAUUGGUAUAAUCAUCGUGUUCAGCGAUUUUCUAUCGAAAAAGACUUGUGA